UCCUCCUCUCAGACGUAAACAUCAAGCCAGAUGAGACGACGCUACAGCUGCAGCUUCUGAAGCGACACAGAUGAAAUGACACAAAAAAAGAGUCCGUGAUUCCAGUCCGGUUCAGGACAACACACCCAUUUAAAACCUUUGGCAAAGAGGCAGGUUAUUAUCAUUUGGCAUGAGUUUAUAUAGCUAACCGGGGCUUGAAUGUGAUGAUGUUGGCUGUCAUGCUAAAGUAAAGCCCACCAGCUGUUUGUAUGUGUAUGUAUAUGUAAAUAAAAAUAUGUAGCUAGAUUAAAACGAAUAACCCCCCCCCCCGGGAAAGGGACUGACAUUUAAGAAAGGAUGAAUCUGAAUGUCGGAGCGUCUCCUCCAUUGAAUGGACUCGGAAAACAAGCUGCUGAGUCCAGACGGAAGCGGAAGACAGCAGAGAUCGCUCAGGCUUUGAGUAUGACACCAGUGGAUGUGGCCACUCUGAGGCGUAUGGCCAUCAGUGAGGGAGGUCUGCUGACCGAUGAGAUCCGUCGUCAGGUGUGGCCCAGACUGCUCAACGUGUCUGUAGACAGCAUACCUGAACAACUAGAGAAAGUAGAUCGCGAGAACAACAAGGAUUUUAAUCAAGUGCUUCUGGAUGUUCAGAGGUCCUUGAGACGUUUCCCUCCAGGAAUGCCAGACGAACAGCGUGAAGGCCUUCAGGAGGAGCUGAUCGAUAUUAUUCUGUGGGUGCUUGUGAAAAACCCUCAGCUGCACUAUUAUCAGGGUUACCAUGACAUCGUGGUGACCUUCCUACUGGUGCUGGGGGAACGACUCGCCACGGCCCUGGUGGAGAAACUCUCCACUCACCAUCUCAGGGACUUUAUGGACCCCACAAUGGACAACACCAAACACAUCCUGAACUACCUAAUGCCCAUUAUAGAGAGAGUCAACCCAGAGGUCUAUGGCUUCAUGCAACAAGCCGAGGUCGGCACCAUCUUCGCCCUCAGUUGGCUCAUCACCUGGUUCGGACAUGUUCUGUCAGAUUUCCGCCACGUCGUUCGGUUGUACGAUUUCUUCCUGGCCUGCCAUCCGCUCAUGCCCAUCUACUUCGCUGCUGUGAUCGUGUUGUAUCGAGAGGAGGAGGUGUUGGACUGUGAGUGUGAUAUGGCCAUGGUGCAUCAUCUGCUUUCUCGUAUCCCAGAAGACCUGCCGUACGAGACUCUGAUCAGUCAGGCAGGAGAUCUGUUUGUACAGUUUCCUCCAUCUGAGCUGGCCAGAGAAGCCGUCCAACAGCGCAGUCAACAAACCGCUGCCUCCACCUUCAAAGACUUUGAGUUGGCGUCGACACCGCAGCAUCCAGACGUGGUGCUUCGGAAAAGAAGGAAAGAGCAACAACAGCAACAACAACAGCACCCCCUCGAGGCCCAGCGAGGCACUGUAGCUGUGGUCCAGCCCACUGCGCGGCGGAUUAUGAAACUGGCGGUAAUGGGUUUGACUGUGGCAAUGGGGGCCGCAGCAUUAGCGGUGGUGAACUCUGCACUGGAAUGGGUGCCAAAACUAGACUUACUCUUUCCUUGAAGGAGCCAAUUAACAGCACAGAACAACAGCGUCUCGUUAUGAAGAGUUUAUUUGAGACAACUUUUGAAUAUUUCUUUUUUUUUUUGCCAAUUUCUUUGUAUUUAUACUUGUGAAGUCGGACUAAUGAAUAUAAAGUUGUGCUUAUAGAGAUUAUAAUUAAACAAGAUGUUUGUCACAAUGAAUGAAGCGUAGAAUCAGAAAUAGUGAGAAAUGAGGACGAUGCACACCAUUUGUAAAACUAGUUACGUAAAUUUGCAAAUAUGUCUCAUUUUAUUCAAUGCAACAAUUUAUGUAUCAGUGUGCCUCAUUCAUUUAACCCAGGUAUUACACAUUUCUCUGGAAAUUGUUCAAAAAACAUUGGAUCUCAUUCAUGAAAUGCAAGCAGAAUGAAUUUGUACAUUUUUUACGUAAAAAUGUAUUUAUGAACGAUGUACAUAAUAAUGGUUUAGGGGAAAACAUUUUUUUUAUUCAUGUACAAAAACAACAUUGAAACAAGUCACAUGUAUAUUGUUUGUUAAACCAUUUUUACAUUAAGUGUCACACUGAAUUAAAUGCAACACAAACAUUUGUUCUGCUUCCACUUCAUGAUCGAUGCCCCAUGUGUUUUAUUACACUCCACUACCUUUAAAGAAAUAGCCUUAGAAUAUUAAGACCAAAAUGUUUUUGGAGACCUACAUGUAGAGUUAGCAAUUUAAUUUAAUUAUAUAUUUUUUUAGGACACCUUGUUAUGUGUACGUAACAUUUCAGUUGUGAAACAAUUUUAAAACAACAUUGAAUGAACACAAUCUUUUACUGAGCUUAUAAUUUGUAUACGUUUAUGUUUUUGAAAUAAUUUUUUAAAGUUUCUCCAAAUCUCUUUAUUCCAGUAUUUUAUUAUCAAUAAGUGCUGAUCUUAGUUUCUGAAAAACCAAGCAGUUCACAUGAAUUACAAAGUUGGAAUUGAAGUAACUUAGACUUCUUUAUUCUGGAGUAUGUCAACGAUGAACGUGACAUGCUUAAGGUAGUUUCUAAGGUAGUUAUAUUCUGUUGUUUAAAUUCUGUCUAGAAGUGAUUGUUUCCACUAAACAACAUCUGAGCUUAGAGUAACAUCCAAGUGGUUAUUUAAGAUUCUAACAUUGCUUGGUUGAACACAUCCUUGAUUCUUGGUUUAUUCAAAUAAUCUACUCUGUUUAUGAAUACACAAUGACUGAUGCUUUUAUGUUGCAUUGAUUUUGCACUAAAGAACACGCUUCUUGGUUAUUCUUUUGCACUUUGAGAAUUUGUUCUAAGUUGUUUCUGAUUCGCUCAAGUUAAUGUGUCACAAUUAUGUUUAAAUAAAAUGAAAGAUGAUCAA